AGCGUCCACGAGUAAGCAGCGGCUCUCACUUUGGCCAUAUUUCACUUUCGCGCAUGCGACAUGUGGGUACUUCUCAUUGCUUCCACACGGUUCUCGAUCGUAGCUCGAACAGCACCCCGGGCUUCUUCUCGUAUAUACAAGCUCAGCCGGAGGGAGAGGAGAUUUAUUCACGCCGUCAAUGGAGUUUCCAGCAUUCCCUUGAAAAUUUUGAGCUGAGUUGUGUGAUAGACUUGAGGCUCCCCUAGUACAUUUGUUUCGCAAGGGAGUGUGCUAUUGGGUGUACAGGAACUCGACCUGUGAAUUUGAUCUCGGGAUUUGUGGACAUUGUGAGGCAAAUCUCUUGUACAACAGACGAUUUCAAUUUUGGAAAUGGUGUCCAUGGCUACGCAGUUGCUAACAGUGGGCAAGCUCUCCACUCCUUUGGAAAGUCUGACUCAUUCAAAGCAGAGCUCUAACGCGGUACUUCGUCCUUCCCAGGUGUGGGGUCAACAACUAGCUAAUGGAGCCUCACAAUAUAAGCCUGUGAAAUACAGGCAAACGGAUCGGCUACUAGCAAGAGCUGAAGUCAAGGAUGAAAAGAGAAGCUCUCAGAAUGGAUCUCAACCAUCAGGAACGUCAACAGAGGAGAGGCCAAAACUACCAGGAGAACCGAAAAAGGACGACGUGCCGGAGAAGAAGCAAGAAAGAGACUGGAGGUUAGAUGAAGAUUUCAAGAAGUUCAUGAGCAAUCCAUCAAUCGAAUCUGCUUUGAAGCUGGAGAAAAAGCGCGCGGAAGAAAAAUUGCGAGACAUAGAAAACGAGAAUACAGGGAACUUCGUCAAAAAAUUAAUUAACAGCGUCGUUAGGAACUCGUUGGAGAGGGAGAAGGAACGGUUGGAUAAAGCCGAGCAAACAUUUGUAGCAUUGGAUUUGAGCAAGGUGAGGAGUUGUUUUGGAAUUGACACAUUCUAUGCGAACGACGUCCGACGGAUGGGAGAUGGCGGCAUCGUCAUUGGAAAUUUGCGAAGGCCCUUGGAGGAAGUUAAGCCAAAGCUGGAAGCCAAGCUUGCACAGGCAUGUGGUCGUGAAGUGGAUCUGUGGUUUAUGGAAGAAACCGUCGAUGAAGAAACCAAACAGGUGUGUGUGGUACAGCCGAAGGCGGAGAUCGACCUGCAGCUGGAAUCGCAAAGGUUGAGCACUUGGACUGGGUAUGUCAGCGCUGCGUUGCUGGGGGUGACGACGUUGGGCACAAUCAGUGUGAUGAGUGGUUUCUUCCUGACGCCUGAUGCAACCUUCGAUGACUACGUGAACCGCGUUCUUCCCCUCUUCGCUGGCUACCUCGGCAUCUUUGGGACCUCGGAGAUAGCUACGCGUUAUGUGGCAUCACGGUAUGGGGUCAAACUAAGUCCCACCUUCAUGAUUCCAUCGAAUUGGACUGGAUGCUUGGGCGUCGUCAACAACUACGAGUCUCUCUUACCCAACAGAAAGGCCUUGUUUGAUAUCGCUGCAACGCGCAUCACCAGCGCAUAUGUAACAUCCCUGGGCUUAGCCAUCACGGCAUUCUUACUGGAUCAGAGCUGGAAUGGUGGAGAGAACGCCUUAUACAUUCGCCCACAAUUCUUCUACAACAAUCCUCUCCUUUCGUUUGUGCAGUACGUGAUCGGACCAUACACUGAUGAGCUCGGCAACGUUCUUCCACAGGCUGUUCCCGGACUCGGUGUUCCGAUCGACCCUCUCGCAUUUGCUGGACUUCUAGGAAUUGUAGUGACAUCCCUGAAUAUGCUCCCGGCGGGCCGCCUCGAGGGAGGACGCAUCGCACAAGCGGUCCUGGGACGCCGCAUCGCAGGCCGCCUCUCCUUCUUCACGACCCUGGGACUGGGCUUCGGCGGUGUGACAGGGAGCAUCCUGAGCUUGGUGUGGGGCUUCAUUGCGGCGUUCUUCCGAGGUGGGGAGGAGCUCCCGGCACAAGACGAAAUCACGGCGCUGGGCAACGAGCGCAAGAUCUGGGCCAUCGCCCUCGCAGUCAUCUGCUUCCUCACGCUCUUCCCCAACAGCGCUGGCACUUUCCCCAGCUCCUUCUACACUCCCCCCUUCUUCCGCGUCGACGAUUUCUAAGCUCCAUAGCCAGGAUUUCGCCGCCCAUUCCUUCACUCUCCCCAGCUAGCAUCGCAUGAAACCAUCACACAUACACAAGCUGUGUAUUUAUAUUGAUUAAUUAUAUAACCUCCAGUUUCACCUUCUU